AUGGCUCGCCUUUCCAUCCCGGUUCUCCUCGCCGUCUUCUCGGCCACGGCCUCUCUCGCCUCGAAGCAAGCCUCUGGCUCCGCAGCCCCCGGUCCCGGAGCCCCAGGCUUCGGAGCUGCAGGUUUCGGAGCUGCAAGCUCCGCUGCGUGCCAGCGGGCCGUCCUCUUAGCCGAGGGCAUCAAGCUCAACAUUGACGACCAGAACAACGAGGUGUUGUCCCUAACCGCAGUCAGCAAUGCCCUGAACGCCAACGACGCAGCCGCCUUCCAGGCCGCCAAAACGGACCUCCUCGGCUUCGUCAACAGCGGUAUCGAGAUGCGCAAAAUGAAUCAGGCCAUCGCGCCCGCCGGCAACAAGGCUAUCGCGGGCCUCGCCAUCGUCGCCAACGCCCAGACCGAGGAGCUUAACCUGUCCAACAGCCUAAGUGGGGACCCCGCUAAGAAGGCGGCGGAUCUUAAGACGGUUGACACGCUGAAGGCUGACUUUGCGGGCGGGAUCAAGCAGAAUAUGCAGAACAUGGCCGACGCCCUUUCUAGCUGUGGAGGUAUGCCACCUCCUGACGUUUUCAACUUGACGGCCUUCGCACCUCCACCUGCACCCGUCCCCGGUGCUGGUGCCAAUCCGUUCCAAGGCAAGGGGUUUUGGAAGCUCUUCCGCGCGUGA